UUCUUUUCCCUCGCCACUCGCCCAGAGUGAAUCCGAUUUUUACACUUUGCUCGCCUUCGCCUUCGCUGCACCGCACUCCUCCGGAUCCUCCCUACGGGCUCCACCUCUCCCAAGAAGCCCCUUCUCCAGCCUGCUCUCCUUUCUUACAGUAUUUUUUAAAUCCCACGGACAAAAAAUAAAAAAAAAAGGAGACCUUUUCAGUUGAGGAUGCAUUAAGAAAAAAAAAAGAUUCAAUAAGCCCUAUAUAGUGUUGAAAAAUGAGAAAGUAUAGCUCGGGCCGAAAGCUGGUGGGGAGCGAGGCGGGAGCAUGCGGUGGGCUUGGGCUCAGAGCUAGGGAAGAGGGACUGGGGGACACUCGCUUUGUAGAUCUGUACCUGAACGUCACGACGGGGCUUUAAGGGUAUCUGCCCCAUAGUGGACCAAACAUGCUAGGAAAGAGAAUUGGUUGACUUGGUACGCUAGGUUUCAGUAUCCACCUUCCCCCAUCCCCCGGGUCUUGCCUAAAACAGCAAGUUCGGAAGGUUUCCUCGGUGGCUUUUCUGGGGUGCGCACCCUGCGCCUCCCCGCAGAGCGGUGAGAAGGCAAGAGGGGCGCAAGAGACCCAAGGGUAGGGGCCGAAAGCCGCCUGAUUGACAGGCCGAAAUCUGAUCUUGUGAAAGAGACGUGGAGCCAAUGGGAGGCAGCGAUCCAUCAGUUUGGAUUGGAGGCCCCUGGAGGAGAAGUAGAGGAAAAACCACCGAAUUGAGCUCUGUCAGAGGCGCUUUCGGCUUCCAAGGGGAAGUGCUGGGCAAUAAUUAAUGUUUUUAUUAAAUUUGGAGGGAAUUUUUUGCAGCCGUUCGCCUAGCGUGGCCUUCAGGUUGAUAGAAGUCCAGAUCCCGAGGAAAUCUCCAGCUAAAUGCUCAAAAUAUAAAACACUGAGCUAAUAUUUGUGAAGAGCUGCAGAAUGGAUGGAUUUUAUGACCAGCAAGUGCCUUACGUGGUCACCAACAGUCAGCGUGGGAGAAAUUGUAACGAGAAACCAACAAAUGUCAGGAAAAGAAAAGUCAUUAACAGAGAUCUGGCUCAUGAUUCAGAAGAACUCUUUCAAGAUCUGAGUCAGUUACAAGAAACAUGGCUUGCUGAAGCUCAGGUACCUGACAAUGACGAGCAGUUCGUGCCAGACUAUCAGGCUGAAAGUUUGGCUUUUCAUGGCCUACCACUGAAAAUCAAGAAAGAACCCCACAGCCCAUGUUCAGAACUCGGGUCUGCCUGCAGCCAAGAGCAACCCUUUAAGUUCAGCUAUGGAGAAAAGUGCCUGUACAGUGUCAGUGCCUAUGAUCAGAAGCCACAUGUGGGAAUGAGGCCCUCCAACCCCCCGACGCCAUCCAGUACUCCAGUGUCUCCGCUACAUCAUGCAUCUCCAAACACAACUCAUACUCCGAAACCUGACCGGGCCUUCCCAGCUCACCUUCCUCCUUCUCAGUCCAUACCAGACAGCACCUACCCCAUGGACCACAGAUUUCGUCGCCAGCUUUCCGAACCCUGUAAUUCUUUUCCUCCUUUGCCGACAUUGCCAAGGGAAGGGCGUCCUAUGUACCAACGGCAGAUGUCUGAGCCAAACAUCCCCUUCCCACCACAAGGCUUUAAGCAGGAGUACCAUGACCCCGUCUAUGAACAUAACACCAUGGUUGGAGGUGCAGCCAGCCAAAGCUUCCCCCCUCCUCUGAUGAUCAAACAGGAACCCAGAGACUUUGCAUAUGAUUCAGAAGUGCCUAGCUGCCACUCCAUUUAUAUGAGGCAAGAAGGCUUCCUGGCUCAUCCAAGCAGAACAGAAGGCUGCAUGUUUGAAAAGGGCCCCAGGCAGUUCUAUGAUGACACAUGUGUUGUCCCGGAGAAGUUCGAUGGGGACAUUAAGCAAGAGCCAGGAAUGUACCGGGAAGGACCCACGUACCAGAGGCGAGGAUCACUUCAGCUUUGGCAGUUUUUGGUAGCUCUUCUGGACGACCCUUCAAAUUCUCAUUUCAUUGCCUGGACUGGACGAGGCAUGGAAUUCAAACUGAUUGAGCCUGAAGAGGUGGCCCGGCGUUGGGGCAUUCAGAAGAACAGGCCUGCUAUGAACUACGACAAACUUAGUCGUUCUCUCCGCUAUUACUAUGAGAAGGGAAUCAUGCAGAAGGUGGCUGGAGAGAGAUACGUCUACAAAUUCGUCUGUGACCCUGAAGCUCUUUUCUCCAUGGCCUUUCCGGAUAACCAGCGCCCACUGCUGAAGACGGACAUGGAACGCCACAUCAACGAGGAGGACACGGUGCCUCUGUCUCACUUUGAUGAGAGCAUGGCCUACAUGCCGGAAGGAGGCUGCUGCAACCCCCACCCCUACAACGAAGGCUACGUGUACUAAAACAAGGGACAGUCAAGCAGGGCACCCCGUGCUUCGCCUCUUUUUUUUUUCCCAAGAUGGAGAGAAUCCCCGAAUUCUCUUCAAACUUUGUUUUAUUUUUGUUGUUUGUAUUUUGUUUUUUAAAUAAUAAUACAAAAGGGGGCUUUCCUGUUGCAUUAUUCUAUGGUCUGCCAUGGACUGCGCACUUUAUUUGAGGGUGGGUGGGAGUAACCUAGACAUUCAUUCUUUGUAACAGGAAGAUGGCGGGUGAACGGGCAGAGGGAACUAGGAAUUCAUUUUUUACUUAGGCUUGGGAUGGGGUCCUACGGGUUUUCUGUAUGAGGAAGCUAUAUCAUGUUUGUUCGAUUUCAUAAUAACGUAAGGUAAUUUUCUCGGUGUCUGCGGUACAUUUGAUUUGAUAUCGUGUAAAUAUCUACUUGGAGACCAUUUGCCUUGAGCACUUCCCCGUCAUUACCGAAGUCUUUGCAGGUGUACAAAAAAAAAAAAACUACUGUAAAUGGCAGUUUAAUGUUAGACAUGACUGUUUUUGCACCUCUUGUAAAAAAAAAGUAUUUAGCAAUUGCAUUGGUUGUUCUUUUCUAUCCCAUUUUGCUUUACAGACGACUUGUAAAGGAUAAGCAUAACUGUGGGCAAUUCUCUGAACUUUGAGUCAUCACCAUGACUGCAAAUGAGGGGCACAGUUUUGGACUCUGACUCCAGCUGAGUCAUAGGCCAGUAGCAUCACUGUCUUUCGAAUAUGUCGAUGCCCAUUUCAGUUAAAUAACAACGUGUCAUGAUCCUUUGGAAUCUUCAUUUAAGUGUUAAAUCUGGGAUCACAAUGAAGCAGAAAAAGAAAAAAAAAAGGAAAAAAAAUUACCUGUCUCCUUUCACUAUCUUCCGUACAUAAAUACAUUAUUUAAUCAAUAAGAAUUAACUGUACUAAAUCACAUAUUAUGCUGUUCUAGUUACAGCAAGCACUCUUUAAGAAAAAUAUCCACUACACUAAAUAGGUAUGAUAGUAAUUUUUAGACAUGGUACCCAUUGAUAUGCAUUUAAAUGUUUCACUGCUGUGUUCUGUUGAUAACAUAUAUAAAUAUUAGAUAAUGCUAAUGCUUCUGCUGCUGUCUUUUCUGUAAUAUUCUCUUUCAUGCUGAAUUUACUAUGACCAUUUAUAAGCGAUGCUGUUAACUACAGAUAGCAAUCCAGGACAAAAUAGAUGACUCAAACCAUUUAAUUGCUUAAGAAAUAGCUUACCCCAUGCUAUGCUAUAAGCAGCUUUUAUGCACAUUGACAAAUGAAGAGUGAGCUUCAGCUUGCUAAGGGAAACUGUGGAAAUUUGAGUAAAUUUUGGUGAAGCGGGACAUGGUGUAUGAACUGUUAUCGAAUAUGAGGAAGUUGCUAUGUGACAUAGUGCUGAUACUGAUGUUGUCCACCAUCUCCUUUGGAACACACCUGUAAACGUGAUCAGACUGUAUGAAAGAACAUUCAAAGAUCUGAAGUUUCAAAGAUUUUGCUUUGUUUUUCUUUUGCUUUGAUUCCCAUUUGAAAACAACAGCAUUAAAAGUGUGCCAUGUUAUGUUCACUCUGAAAAACCAUAUGGAAAUGGUGUCCAAAUAACCCUGAGUAGCUGCUUUCAUGAUCCAAGCAAAGGAAGUGAAUUGUGUUCAGUCUGUUACUGUUCUGGAGAGCAACUUUGUAAAGAAUCUACAGGACAAUACUUUUUAGAAAAUCCUUAAACUCAAAGCCCAAAGAAACCUAGGAAAGCAUUUCUGAGCACAAGAAAGACUGUGUGAGGAUGACCCCUCAGUAACCAUUCCCCAUGCUGCACAGAUCACAGUUGUUUCUCUAAAUUAACAAUUCCUUCACUCUCCACACGCCCAAGCCCGUACUAUGUGCAUCCUCCAGAAGUGUUUCGAUGUCUGUCUAUAAAUUAUUUCAUUGACUGUGCUGCAUGUACCUCACUUGGCCCUUCACAGGCUGAUAAGUACUCCUUAAAAAUCAGGACACCCACCAAGAUCAUGUGGAUACUUACAGCACUCAGAAUAAAAACCAACUUUCUAAAUAACCACCUAAAUAUUUAUUGGACAGACAGACACCUGAGAUAUAUGAUUGGGCUAUUUGGCAAAAUGGAAGGAAAUUCUAAGUUCAUCUUUAAAUGUAAAUUGUGUUGAGGAAUCUUUUCUUUUUAUUGUUCUUCUUUUUCAUUUUUAAUAUUCUUUUUCUAGUCAGUCAGGGAGGCAGAAUUGGACCCUGAGCUCUUUUACAGGCUCAGAAGAAUAAAGGUAUUAAUUCUGAUAUCUAAGGACAACUACAUGCUUUGUUGUUAUAGGUAGUGACUUAAUGAACUAAGUAAGUCAUUAGCAAACAGUAGGUAUAUUACUAAUAUGGACAAAUUCAAAAUAUAGCAUCAUAAACUUUAGCAAAAUGAAAGAUUUUAUAUUUUGAUUUUUGUUUUUUUUCCUGCUUUUUCUUUCAGGUAGAUUAAUAAAUCUAGCAGCUGAUUUCUGCAAGAUUCUUGCAUUUUGUAUUUCAACAGCUUUGGUUCUCAAACAUUCAAAUUAGUAAUGUUUCUCUUCAGCUUGAUAAAUGAAAAGAUAUAUCCUCUAGCAUUUGAUGCCUCUCAUUGAAGCUGUGCACAUAUUCAACAAUUUCUUAAAACAAAGAAUAUUAUUUUCCAAAUAAUCAGUGAGAAAUUAUUUUAUUAGGGGUACUUCAAAAUGAAACUCCACAAACCAGCUAGUGUGUAGUUUUUCCUCAAAUCACAGAUGCUAUAACAAGUUACUUUAGUACCUAGUACCAACACAAAUUUACUUCCUUACAGUUCUGGAGGUUAAAAUUCCAAAGUCAGACUUAAUGGUCCAAAAUCAAGAUGUUAGGGAAGCUGCUUCCUUUUGGAGGCCCUAGAGAGGCACUGUUUUUUGUUUGUUUGUUUGUUUGUCUGAUUUUUUGUUUGUUUUGUUUUUUGUUUUUUUCCAGUUUCUGGGCUGCCCUCAUUUCUUAACUACUAGUUAAAAAGUUUCAAUUUUGGCCUCCAGGGUCACAUACCUUCCUCUCUGUUAUCACACUUCCUGGCUCCUUCAAGGACACGUGAUUAUAUUUAGGGUUUGCUGGAAAAAUCCAGGUUGAUCUUGUCCUCUCAGCCUCCGCAGUCACGGGCCACAUCACUUUCGACAGAUAAACAAUUCGUAAGUUCCUGGGAUCAUGAUGUGGUUACCAGGCAGGCCUGGGGGGGGAGGCUGUUUAUGAAGUUUCCCACACAAAUACCCAGGGAGGAAAAUCCUAAUUGAUUUAUUCAUGAGCAAAAAGUUCUAUUGAGGCAGCUAAGAUUAGCAUACUAAGGAAUAUUGUCAUUUACCAUUAAGAUUAUCACCUCUUAUUUUUAAAAUACCUUUGAAAAAAGUAUUUCAAAUACUUUCAAAAGAAAUCUCUGUAUUAGAAUUAACUUGUUCUAGUAAAUCGUCUGGGCUACACAUCAAGCCUUUAUAUGAUUUAAAGAUCCCCCCUCCUAUCCUAGUUAAGCACACUUUGAUAGGAAAAAUAACUAAGCUGUGAUAAUAAGGGCAGUAGCACAGUUAAAUCUGAUGCUCAUGCCAUAUUAUGUUGUCAAACGAAUUUUUUUAGUAUCAAUAAUGAGUUGAUUCCUCAUGAUUUUCACAUCUGCAAAUGAUAACUGCUUGUUCAAUAUGAAUGAUAACAAUAUGUCUCAUUAAUUAAAGGAAUAAUUCUGAGAACUGGAGCUGAUGUCUCUUUAUAUGACUAUGAAGGACAUUUCUUGCCUGAUGUCACAGUACUUGGUCUAAACUGUAGUUUAGCCCUUUCCAGAUUAUAGAAUGACGGAACAUUGUGGAGGAACCAGGUGAACACCUAUUUCAGUCCUUAAAAUUUUGUAAAUCACAAACAAAAAGGCUAUUUUCCAAGCAGUUUGAUAUGGAGAAAAAAGAAUAGAAGUAGGUAAAACAGGGAAAUAAUCAGUUCAAUAGCAACUGAUACAGAUGCUGGACAACUGCAACAAGAAUUGUGGAGAAGCCAAGUUUCUUAAAGGUUUUCGUAUUGCAUUUAAUAUUAAAGGAGUUAGGCAGGUGCUGCCCUAGGAGGACGGAGAGGCGGAGGCUGCUUCCGGGCUCUUUGGAAACCUGACCAAAUUUAUUGAAAAAAGCAGUUUAUGUGAAAUUACAGUUUAAAGAAACUCUGGUUAGCCUACCAGGUGCCUUUAUGCAAAUAUUGAUGGUAUUGAAUUGUUCGAUGAAAAUGUAUAUAUAAUAGCUGUGGUUUAAAAAUCCAUAUAUAAGGUAGGUUUUCUUUUUGCAUAUAAACGCCAAUAUUCUUACUUAGUUCUAUUCAAAACCUUUGUUUCUAUUGGGGGAGAUUUUUCUUAAUCUGCUUGGUUGUAUUAAGAUUAUAAUUAUGGUUUGAGAAAAAUAUUAUGAAAUUCAUGUGGUAAUAGCAAAUUCAAUAUGCUCAAAAUUUAAGUCUAAAAUAAAAGCCCAGAAAUUGAAAA